ACUCAAUGAAACAGUGAACACAGAUAGUGAGUUGUUUUGGCGAUUAAUGGAAUAAUUAAAUUGAGAAGCGUAAAGUUAUAAUUUCUUGUUGUCAUUCUUGGAUAUUUAUAAGUUUAAAAGUAUACUGAUUAUAUUAAAACUAAAAUAUGUGCAUAUGUCCAAUAGAUAGUACUAAUGAUUGGACAUUGGAAUUGGAACUCGAUUUUAAGGGCCGUCCAUAAAGUACGUCACGCUAUAUUUUUGACCAUUUUUAACCCCCCUGUCACAAACUGUCACAAAUCUCGGAACAUCACCCACACCCCCCCCCCUAGUACGUCACACUUUUGAACAAUUUUUAAAAACAAAUUUACACCUAAUUAAAAUUUAAUCUAAAACACACUUCACUAUUAAAUCCAAUAGAUAGUAAUAAUGAUUGGAAAUUGGGAUUGGAACUUGGUUUUAAAGGCCGUCCAUAAAGUACGUCACGCUAUAUUUUUGGCCAUUUUUAACCCCCCUGUCACAAACCGUCACAAAUCUCGGAACAUCACCCACACCCCCCCCCCCCUAGUACGUCACACUUUUGAACAAUUUUUAAAAACAAAUUUACACCUAAUUAAAAUUUAAUCUAAAACACACUUCACUAUUAAACUGUAUUAAAAUAUAAAAUUUCCAACUUAAAGAACUGCACAUUAUUCAUUAUUAAAAAAAUGACUAUAAUAGUAGAAUAUUUAAUUGUCAACAGUUGUCACAGUUAUUCAUUGAAGCUGUGACUGAAGCUCAAUCUAGAUUGAAUUUGAAAACAAAAAUUAGACUAGACAACUAUAUUCUAUAUAAUACACAUCAUUUAUCUGCUGCUUUUUCAUUUACAAUAGUAAUAGGUGAGGUCAAGUUUUAGAUAAUUUCCGAUUAUGCAAUCUUUUUACACAGUAAAAGAAGUAGAAUAGCGAAACUUGACCUCACCCAGUGAUUAAAUAAUAAAAAGGGCAGUGACAUAAUUAUGCAGCGGACAACAUAGGACAUAGAAAUAAUAAUACUUCUGGCAUGACGAAAUGCAAGGCAAUGCAUAAAACAAGGCUUCGCAACAGCUUACUAGCGCUCCUAGCGAGAGGAAUCGUGAACAACACAUUUAAGAGAUACGCAUUUCAUGCUAUUUUGACAUAACAUUAAUUCAAAUGUUUCACAAAAUUUUUGAUAAUCAUUUUUAAAGCUAUUAAAUGCUACUAAAAAAAUAAAUUGGAGAUAAAAUUUAAAAAAAUAAAUAUGUGACGUCACACAUGGCCUGCCCCCCCCCCUCCCCAGGUCUGCAUCCAGUUAUUGCCCACGAAUAAACAGACCAAGACCAAUCACUGACAGUAAUCAGUCACCAAUGGCUCACUAAAUAAUAUAUUAUUAUAUUAUAAUUGACUAUUUUUAAUUAUAAUUAAUAGUAUAAUAUAAUAAGUAAAUUUAGUAUAGGCAUAGGCUAACUAAAAACUACAAUCUACCAUUAAAUUGUUAUAGAUUAAUUUAGGCAUAGCCUGUUUUAUUUAUAAAAAAUAUUUAGUCUCUUAUUGAUCUACUUAGACUUAGUAUACAAACUACGAAGUGUCUACAUGUCCGGCGACCGGAUGAAUAAGGUCUCGAGAUAUUUGUCUGGUGACCAGGUCACAUGACCGCCGUAACAAUGUUGGGUGAGAUAUCUGUCCGUCAGCCUUGUCACGUGACCGCAAAUAGUUGAUUAUAAAACUGUCGUCGGAGAUGCAUAGGGGCGACGAGUAUACACUUCAUUUCAAGAAAUAUGCGGGGGGGGGGCGACGGAAAUAUUGAGAGAGAAUGGAUAAAAAUGAUAGUGAGGGUGAUAGAUAAUUAAGGCAGGGAGGUCGAAAGUUCUCAAAGAAAUAGGCCCAACAUCUUAAUAUAUGGGGCCAAUAUUUGGCUGUUAGGGUAGCCUACUUCUCACGCAAUAUUAAGAGCCUAAAAUAAAACUUUUUUGACAGUAGGUCUAUUGACAGUCAACUGGCAAUUAUUGGUCUUAUUUUGUUGGGUUUAUAUUUUAAAUUUAGGCUACUAGGUAGGGCUUUAUAACAUAUUUAAAUCAAGAUAACAGACUUCUUGUCACAUGACAUGUCUGCCGGAAUAAUAACACAUACUAGUCAUCCGGCGGUCACAGGAUAUGCCCGCUGGAAGAAUAUCUACCGCACUAUUAGUCCGGUUGACGAACAAUUAGACACUGCCUACAAACUAACCUCUUCAGUGCUAAGUUAUUCUAAAAAUUCCAUUCCUGUGGCAUUACGGCCCAUGUAUGGCUUUAACUUUGACUACUUUGAGCCGCUGUGGCCUGCCUCACCACAUCCUUCCACUCAGUCUCAGACCUAACUGAUGCUUUUCUUUUCCAUGCUUGGUGCUGUAGAUCCCUCUCAUCAUCAUCCAUCCAUCAAAGCCUAGGAAAACUCCAAAAUACAAAUUUUUUAGUAUGGUCCUUUAAAAAAUUCAUAACUUUUGAACCGCUUGGACUUGAGCUAGAAAUUGACAAAGUUGAGCCUGGUGUUUUUGUUAACCAUUUUCUAGGCUCUAUACAGCUAUAUAUAUAUAUAUAUUUAACAAAAAUGUUUUGAAAUUUUCACCAAAGUGGCUAGCUAUGGUUGUAGCUGCCCGGUGCGUACCAAAGUUUUUGCCCUCUCUUACUCUGAAAAAAAGAUGUAUGUUGAUGUGACUAGUACUUAUUAUUAUUAUUAUUAGUUUCUGCACUUCCGUCUACUUUAUUCACUAUUUUAACUUUGUAGUAGUUUGUUACUUGUAACUUUAAUUUAAAUGGUGUACUAUUACACUAACUUUAUGCUAGGUAUAACUUCUGAUUCGGUUUGUCAAAACGUUAAUUUAAACUUAAAAAUUAGACUUACCAACAUUAUACUUUUAGACAUGUUUAUUCUAAGACUAAGCGCAUGAAUUCUGUAAAUAACGAAACUUGAAAUCGAGUUUCACUCUAGUUAGGUAAACUCAUAUUCUACACAGUCUGAACUGAAAUUGAUUGUGAUAAUUUGUCAUAUCUUUUAAUUUAGGUGAAACGAGAACAAAAUUCUUGGCACCAACAUGGAGAUUUUUGCUGAUUCAGAAGUAAAUGAUAAGGAGAAUCAAAUCUUGGUAAGUAGUUUGUUCUUGUAAGUAAUACCACUUUCAGUUACAUCAGUCCUGUAUAGCCGAGGCUAUGUGAUGUUUUUACUUUAAAAAGCUAUAUAAUUGGAAUAUAUAUAAAUUGAAUAUUCUCUACAGCUUUUUAUUAUUAAUCAUCAUGACAAACAAUUCUUGCCUAACUUAGAGGCCAUCUUUAAAUGAUGUCAACCCUACUUUGGCAGAUUGUUUUCCCUGCAAUUUAAACACUCCUUACACAUCAUCACAAAUUAGUGACCCAGCCCCUUUCCCACCUAAGCUCAAUGCCUGUUCAAAAGACUCAAACUCAAAAGUUUGGUUAGGGUAAAGUUUAAUUAUAGAGAGAGCAAGCUAAAAGUUUGUUACUGUCCAAUUCUUGUUUUUUUGGUCCUAAACAUAUGUUUGAAAAGAAAAUACAACAGACUUCAGAGUCGACAGUCAUUAUUUUAUUUUAUUUCAGAGAAACAAAGAAAUAAUUACCUUUGAAAGCAUAUAUGGAAGGACUCCACUAAGAGAUAGAAAAAAUGACACAAAAGUGUUUCUUUCCCAAUUAACCUCAUCCAAUAAAUGUGAAAAAUCCACGUCUCUAGUGUCAAAGUAAGUUUAAAUUUGAAAUCAUUUUACCAUACUGCUGCAUGGACAUAUCUUCAUUCAUAUUUUUAAUUCAAUGCUAAUGUUCUUGUUGAAACAUCAAAUGAGUGCACUCUCUGCCAAUUCAAAAAAAAAAAAUCUUUGCUCUAUUAAUAUUUUGUUUAUUAAAAUUUAAGAGAAACAAUGUUUAUAUUUAUAUUGAAUCUAUUGAAUAUUUAUAAGAAAUUUUUGUUGACAGAUGUGAAGCUUCAAAUCUUUCUGCUCCUGGUACUCCAAAGAGAAAACAAAGGAUUUUCAAAGAAAGAAGGGUACGUUUAAAAAGUACUCAUUACGAUAUAGCUUAGAUUAGUUUGUUAUGGAUUAAGCUACAUACACAAAGACAAUCUUGUCAUUUUCAAAAAUAAGGCUCAGGCUACAAUGAAUUCAUUUCAUAUGGAGAAAUAGUACAUAAUAAAUGGAGAAAAUUGGAGUUUUAAAACUUUUUACUUUGCAGGUUGUAAUAUUUUGUGGUUAUUUAAUGACAUGUAUUAGAGAAAUGCAUUUUUAAAAUAUAAUUUUUGAAUAAUAUUGCAAUAUUUGAUGGUCCAAUACAACAGUCUUGCAUCCCUUCCUUCCGUGCUGGUAUCAUGUUUAACUCCGAGGGGACAGUCCCAGGGAUUACAUUGCCUCAAAUGUCUGAGGAGGAACCAGAUGUUUAUUCACAAGUGGCGCUAACAAAAAGACAUGAAAAGGAUAAAACACCAGAAGGACGUAGUGCACAUACAUCAUCUGCAUCUGUGGUUCCUAUUCUGCACAGUCAGUCUAAACACUUUUCACCGCAAUCUGGGUUGUCAGUUCUGCACAAUCAGAGUUUGUAUUGUGCUGAUCAAAUAGAUUUGGCAGGUGAACUAACUGUGGCUGGCAGAGAUGGCCAAGAAGAGAUCCCUCAGAGCGGGGAGCUUAGCAGCAGUGACCUUCUGAAAAUAAGUGAAACGGAGGUCAGACCCAAGUCAAACUGCUCUGAAGUUGAUAUAACAUGUGACCCCACUACAGGAUCGUAUGCUAUUCACUUCACCAAGGUUUUUAUGCAUUUUAUUAUUAGAAAAUACAACAUCUCAGAAACUUAACUGUGUAAGACACCAUUUAUCAUAUGCAUUUUGGUUCACCAAUUUUAUAAAUACUUUUGUUAUAGUAUACAACAUGCCAGGAGACAAGACAUAUGCUCAAAAUCUAAUCCAAUGUUAUUAUUUUAUAUUUAUAAACAUUGACCCAUUUUAACAACAGCUUUUCAGGUCUUAUUCCUACCAUAGCUUCUCUGGUCCUAUUCCUACCAUAGCUUCUCUGGUCCUAUUAAUACCAUAGCUUUUCUGGUCCUAUUCCUACCAUAGCUUCUUUGGUCUAAUUCCUACCAUAGCUUCUCUGGUCCUAUUCCUACCAUAGCUUCUCUGUUCAUGGGUAACACAUUUGUAAAAGUAAUGAAUUUAAAAAAAUAAAAUGUACUGUCAUUUAUUAAUUUUAUUUAAAGCCAUAUUAUUGGUCAAAAUCUAAUUACAAUUAAUUUAUAAUUAUUUAUAUUAUAGAUGAAGACAGUUAAUGAAGUAAUAUAUUUUAAAAAAAUAACUGCAUGAAAAUCCCUAUCUUAAACUUUUUUUUUAUAGAACUGUCCUGAUGUGUUGGUUGAUGUGACAACAGAAAGGUCCUCUGACCAAAUGGACAAUGUUACAACAGAUAGGUCCACUGAUCCAAUGGACAAUGUUACAACAGAUAGGUCCACUGAUCCAAUUGACAAUAAUAUUACAACAGAUAGAUCCACUGACCAAAUGGAUAAUAUUACAACAGAUAGAUCCACUGACCAAAUGGACAAUGUUACAACAGAUAGGUCCACUGACCAAAUGGACAAUGUUACAACUAAUAGGUCCUCUGAUCCAAUUGAAAAUAAUGUUACAACAGAUGCAUCUAAUGACCAAAUUGACAAUGUGAUAACAGAUGGGUUUAAUGAUCACAUGGAUUAUGUGAAAACAGAUCAUUCAUAUGCUGUCCCUGUACAGCAAUGUUACAGUCAAUGGGAUGUGUCAUCAUCUUGUCAGAUUUCUUCACAAACUGUCACUGACCAUUGUUUUCACUUACCA